CCUAACUUUAUUUUGUUUCUUUUCUUUUCUUUUUGUAUCAUCAUUAUCAGCCAGCCAAGAAAGACAGACAAAGCACUCAUUGGUGCCCUCUGCAACAGAACACUAUUAGGGGGCUGGCUGUAAAUUGACGUGGCAUGGAAAAUCUCUGCUCACUUUGUAGCAGUUUGUAUUUUUUGAAAGAGGAGUAAUCUGCUGAAUUUGUUGCCUGGUAUCCUUAAGAACAGUUGUGCCUUGCUGUAAAUAUGGAGAGAAAAUUCCUAUUUUUUCUAACUUGGGAGCAAAAUAUUGAUUUCUGUUUGGAUGUUUGGUUAACAGCAAUAAAAAGGAUCUAACAGAUUGCUUGUUUUUAACCCGUCUUGUGAGAGAAGCCGAUUUUGUGCCUGCAGAGUUUCUACUCUCGCUUCCUUUCCUUACUUUUCCCUUUAUACCCAUCCGCCAGGUCUUAAGAUGGGGUGUGGGCUGAGAAAGCUAGAAGAUCCAGAUGACAGCAGUCCUGGAAAAAUAUUUUCAACGCUGAAGAGACCACAAGUGGAAACAAAAUCAGACUCUGCUUAUGAGUACAUAUUGCUAGAUUUUACUUUAGAAGUUGUCUCAAAUCCAGAAAUUAUCAAAAUAUGCUCUGUUUUGGAUAUCGCAAAGAACGUGGAGGAGUAUUAUAAUAAAGGAUAUGUGGUAGGAGCUAUUCAUCCUGUUUUACUGUCAUCUGGACAAAGAAGGCAUUUUCCAGCAAGUCACAUCUAUCGAGUUGUGCUUGUGCGUCUCAAAUUCAGCCACAAGAAUCCACCAAUAAGAGAAACAAGACAACCCAGGCUUGUGAUUGAGCAGUGUCCUUUAACAUAUGAAAAACUAACAAAUGAGGCAGUUAAGGAAGUGUUAGAGAAGGUCAAUGAUGCUGCUAAAAGAGGAAUGAAGUUUGUUGGGUUUAUAACCCAGUCUUGCUCUCAAUCUAAAAUCUGCAAUGGCACAAACCUGGGUGAAGAUAUGGAGUCUGACUCGAUACUAUGCAGAAAGAACAGAGAGCAGAGAAGCCAUGAUUCAGAGGAAAAUGUUAGAACCUGGAAUGAAGGGACACUGAGUGGUCAAUCUUCUGAGAGUGGAAUACAGGAAGAAAUUCAGCCGGACGGCAGGCCAGCACAAAAGACUGAUUUUCAAUAUGGAAGAGAAGGCUGUCCCAGCCCAAAUAAAUUAAAGGAAAAGGAAGACACCAAACUAUAUACUGUUUUCAAUGUCUUUGAAGAUGAUUCCGUCAGUUGGACCUAUCAUGAUGGUAUUUUGUCUCUGAAAGUGUCACGGAAAGGACCUGUGAUUAGUACAUUGGAUGCUGAUUGGUUAGAUUUAACCACAUUUUAUUACAAACAAGGCUUGUCAUUAAUUGAUUCCUUUGUGUGUUGGGAAGCCACUAAAGCUGACUUUGGGCCCAAAUCAUUAGAAGGGUUAUUUAUAUAUGAAGAAGAACCGGGGUUUCCAGGUUCGGAGAGGAAAGGAAAUGAUGCUAUUGUUGUAGAACAAUGGACUGUCAUUGAGGACAGUGAAAUCAAAACUGAUUAUGGUCCUUUACUGCACACUUUGGCGGAAUUUGGCUGGCUUUUAACAUGUGUGUUGCCUACUCCUGUCAUCCGACUGGACAGUGAAGGCAAUCUAGCCACUAAGCAAGUUGUUUUCCUUCAGCGGCCAGCUAUGGGGAACCCAGCUGUCCAGAUACCUGAGAAAAAAACUACUAAGCAAUUUGGAGAAGAAAAGUUGAACGUAAGUGGAAAAGACACAGCUACUUGUCAGCCUGUCCAACACAUGCAACCUACAGAGGAAUUCCAUAUAGUACCUUCUCCACAGUGCUGGCCCAAAGAUGAAUCUGCCCAGUGUGAAAGCUUCCCUGCAUUCAAGAGCAGUGACGGCAUGCUUAGAGAACUGGAGGAAGGACAGUUUGACCAAGAAGAUGGAGUCACUCAAGUUACUUGUAUGUGACCAGAAAAUUACUAAGAGGAACCCAUAGAAGUCUGAAGAGAGAUGGUUUUGGCCUUGAGCUAAGAAUAAUUCUGAACUCCUGCCUUCAAGCAAGAGGAAGUGAUGAAGAUAUUGGUUGGCACCCAACAACACUUCUGUUUGUUUUGGGACAGUUUCACCAUGCACACCUUUAGAAGCUAUUUUGUGAAAGCACAUGCUCCUGCACAGCAAGUAUUUUAUAAUUCACCUAAAAUAUACAUUGUAUUUUAAAUCCCAAAAGUUCUCAAAAUUAGUCAACCAUUGCCUUACAUUUUCUCCAACUGAAAUAGCUCAGCUGUUUCUUAAGGGAAGACGGGCUACCCUGGACCAGGAAUGGGGUUCGCUAUGAGGUUAAAAUUAUUUUGAAACAAUUACCACCUAAAGAUCACCCUAUCCUUUAAGAUUAUAAUGGCAUAAUUGCAGCACUAGCUUUCAAUCAUUCUGGGUAUUUAUUUAGUUGUAUUUUACUUCAAUAGCUGCCCGUCAAAAUGAGUGUUUUUGGGAAGCCUACAUCAUAAAACGUAAAACAAUUUAAAAACAAUACAAACUACAUAUACAUGGUUGCUGCAUAGAACUAUUAUAAUAGGCAAGAAUACAGCCAAGAAAUGGGGCCCUUAACUCACUUGAGGUUUCAGACCCAGGUACACAACCCAGGUACACAACUUCAUGGCCUUAUAAAAGCCAACAGGGUCAGAGUCAUUCUGAUCUCUGAAGGGAGAAUAUUCUAGAAAGCAGUGGCUACAGCAGAGAAAACAUGUUUCCUGGUCCCCAUCACCUGACAUUCCUUAACUAAUGAGACCUGUAACAGACCCAACCUACCAGAACAAAUUGGACUGGUAAAAACAACUGGGAGAAGAUAGUACCUUACAGUAGGUAUCCCAUCCCUAAGCCACAAAGGACUUUAAAAAUGAUGUGGUGGAAUGUAGGAGGGAUGCAUUCCAAAGCCCAAAAGAGGCAGCAAAGCAUGGGCUCUGGUCAGAAGAGGGUAAAAAUUGUCUAUAGUAAUGCAAUGGUUGCUUUAGUUUGGCAAAAUUUCGGCCUAUAUGUGGAAUAAUAAAGGAAACUACUC